UUGCCGCCGAUACCCUGAACGUCUUCAGUCGCCACUCCCAGCACCAGCUUCACCGUCUCCGCCGUCAAAAUGAAUCCCUCCUCCCUCUCCCUCCACCACCACCAUUACCCGUCCACAACCACCACCACCACCAUUUUCCAUAAAAAACCCACCCCAACCCCACAAUCUUUCAAACUACGCACCUCAUUUUCCCCAAUUAAAAUGUCACUCACGGAAAAUGCCCCCUCAAUCGCCAUCGUCGGCGUCACCGGAGCCGUCGGCCAAGAAUUCCUCUCCGUAUUGUCCGACCGGAACUUCCCCUACCGAUCCCUUAAGCUCCUGGCCAGCAAACGCUCAGCUGGGAAAGAAAUAAUUUAUGAAGAUAAGGCCUAUAUUGUUGAAGAACUGAAUGAAGAAAGCUUCAAGGGUAUUGAUAUUGCGCUUUUCAGCGCUGGUGGUUCGAUAAGCAAGAAAUUCGGGCCGUUGGCGGUGCAAGAUGGGAGUAUUGUGGUGGAUAAUAGCUCUGCUUUCAGGAUGGAUGAUGGGGUUCCCCUUGUUGUCCCAGAGGUUAAUCCGGAGGCUAUGGAGCAUAUCAAGAUUGGGAGUGGUAAAGGCGCAUUGAUUGCGAACCCGAAUUGUUCGACCAUCAUAUGUUUAAUGGCAGCUACUCCGCUGCAUCGCCAUGCCAAGGUUAAACGCAUGGUUGUUAGUACAUAUCAGGCAGCUAGUGGUGCUGGUGCUGCUGCAAUGGAAGAGCUUGAACUGCAAACUCGUGAGGUACUUGAUAGGAAGGAACCAACCUGUAAAAUCUUUAAGCGACAGUAUGCGUUCAAUCUUUUCUCACAUAACGCACCUGUUCUCCCAAAUGGCUACAAUGAGGAGGAAAUGAAACUAGUAAAAGAAACGAAGAAAAUAUGGAAUGACGCGAAUGUAAAAGUCACUGCAACUUGCAUUCGAGUUCCAGUUAUGCGAGCACAUGCUGAGAGUGUAAAUCUUCAGUUUGAGAAGCCAUUACACGAGGAUACUGCGAGGGAUAUACUUGAGAAUGCUCCAGGAGUAGUGGUUAUUGAUGACCGUGCAGGCAAUCACUUCCCAACUCCACUAGAAGUUUCAAACAGAGAUGCUGUUGCAGUGGGGAGAAUUCGACGUGAUGUCUCUCAAGAUGGAGACUAUGGGUUGGAUAUCUUUGUCUGCGGUGAUCAAAUACGCAAGGGUGCAGCUCUAAAUGCUGUUCAGAUUGCCGAGAUGCUACUGAAGUAAAAGAGAUGUUUCUGUGAGUGAGAUUUAUUUCGAAUCAUAUCUAAACGUUGGAUUUGGUGCUUGAACUUUGAAGACCCUCGCUUCUUUCCUCAAAGAGGAGAUAAAAGAGAGUAAAAGUUCCGAGUUUUGUAGCACUACCAGUUGAAAUCUCUGAGUUUUGGUAGCCUUGUUAGUUCAUUCCGUGGUUUUCAGUAGAAAAUUUUGUACCAAUAUAUUUGGUGUUGAAAUGCUAGUGUUCAAACCUGUUUUCCAUUCUUUA